AUGACCACGACACCACCCCUCGCGACGGGUGCCAACCCUCCGAUUCCCGCCGAACAGCUCGCCGCACUUACAUCGCUGCUGUCGGGUCUCACCGCUGCCGCUUCCGGCACUGCCACACCCGCCACGACGUCCGGCACCACUCGCACUGCCUUUCCAAAGCACGCACGCUUGGAUGGUGCGAAGACCUUCGCGAACUGGACACGCCAACUUCGCCUGUGCCUAGCGGACGACAUCCGCUCGUACGUCCUCGACGGUAUCGCACCCGACGACUGGACACCUUCGCAACGCUCCGCUCGCGACGCCGUCGCUCGUGAGGUCCUUGCGAAUUCGAUUGACUCGGCCGAAGUCUCGGCAGUCCUCGACAAAAUCCCUACCGCCGACCUGACAGCGCCGACAAUCUACUCGACGCUGAAAUCGCGGUACGCCCCUGACGACGCCACCCGCACGCUCGAGCUCUUCUCACGACUCUGGGGUUUCCGUCCCAUGCCCGGCACGGUUGCCGAAUUCGACGGGUGGAUCAUGGACUUCAAAGCCGUUGCGCAAGAGAUCAUCGACACAAAGACAACUAUCAAUGAUGUUCUCGCCACACUCCUCCUUGCAAUCGCCCACCCGUCCCUCGAGAGCUUCAAGGCGUCGUUCACCGAUGAACAGCGCACGCAACGAACUCUCCCCGACAUUGAUUCGCUUGCCGACCGUAUGCGAGUCCAACUUCGGUCAACGAACAUCCCCAGCACUCAAUCGGCCCUUCUUGCCUCGUCGUCGUCACGUUCUACUCGUCUCAAGUGUCUCGCCUGUCGCAGCCCUUCGCACCGAGUCGCGGAGUGCCCUACGAGGGCGCAACACCCGCCGCCAGGACCCUGUCGCUCCUGCAAGAAGAAGGAUCACUGGUCUCUCGACUGCAAGAAGGCGCUCGAGGACGGCAAAAAGCCCGACACCGCUGACUCGACCGUCGACUCGCAACACCAUGUCGGAUGUCUCGCCACCGGUCUUCUCGCUCGUCGUCGCCAGCUUCGCAACCACUCUUUUGUCGUCGACUCGGGCGCCACUUCGCACAUGGUCUCGGACAAGUCGCUGUUCACGACCUAUCGCCAUAUCGCUCCUACGAAGAUUGGUGGUAUUGCAGGGGGCAUCAACGCCAUCGGAACGGGAAACAUCGCCUUCAUUGCCGCCUCGGGUCAUCCGAUCACGCUUACCGGCGUGCUGCACACUCCGGGCCUGUUUGUCAAUCUUCUCUCGGUCUCUCGACUUUGCGACACCGACGAUGUCCGUGUCGCCUUCACAAAACACGGCAUCCACAUUGACAAGGACGGCAACGACAUCGCUGAAGGCGCACGACUCGACGAAGGGCUCUACUUGCUGGACGCUGAUCAUUCCAAAUGUCAGCACCUUGCUCUCCUUUCUCGCUCACAGUCGUCCGUGCCCCUGCUGACUCUCCAUCGCUGCCUCGGCCAUCUCGCACCGUCCUCCAUACAGAAGAUGGUUGCCGCUGGUUUGCUGGAGGGUCUCAGGGCCGGAUAUAGUGACGAAGAGGUAGAGAAGUUUGUCUGCAAUGCUUGCCUCAGCGCAAAGGGCCAUCGUCUUCCCUUUCCCGAUUCGGAUUCGCACUCCUCAGAGAGACUCGGCCUUGUACACAGCGAUGUGCUUUCCUUCCCCGAGCGGUCCUUGACUGGCAAACGUUACCUGGUCACAUUCCUUGACGAUUACUCGCGCAAACUCUGGGCCUACGCAAUCGGACACAAAAGCGAAGUCUUCGGCAUAUUCAAAACUUGGCUAGCCGAGGUUGAACUCGAGACGGGUGCGACGCUGAAGGUCCUCCGAACCGACAACGGUGGCGAAUACUGUUCGAGAGCGUUCACAGAGUUCUGCAAGACACGAGGCACCCGUCGACAAUACUCUAUCCCACGCACGCCUCAACAGAACGGUCGUGCAGAGCGGGUCAAUCGUUCCAUUGUCGAAGGCGUCCUUGCCCUCCUUGUCGACGCCCACCUACCCAAGACAUUCUGGGAGGAGGCUGCAGCUUAUUUCGUUUACUGCAAGAACCUGUGUCAACACGCGGCCCUGGACAAGGCAACACCAAACUCCGUCUGGCAGGGUGACCACACCACUGCCUCGGCGCUUCACCCGUUCGGCUGUACAGCUUGGCUUACGGUCGCGCCCGAACUUCGCUCCAAACUCGACCCGAAGGCGGUUCGACGACGGCUCUAUCGCCCUAUCCCAGGAACGGUACAUCAUGGACGUGCUCGCUCGGUUCCACUUCGACACCACGACUCGCGGCACUACAGUUCCGAUGACUCCCGGCCUUUCGCUCACUGCUAUCCCGGGUCAAGGCACCGAACGGAUCAGGUCAUGGUAUCUGCAGGCUAUCGGCUCGCUCCUCUACAUUUCGCUCGGUACCCGCCCUGACAUCGCCUUCGCCGUGUCCUACCUGGCCCGCUUCGCCAACAACCCCGGUCGUCGUCAUUGGAUUGCGGUCAAGCACAUCCUACGCUAUCUCCGGGCCACGUAUCGCAACGAACUCGUGUAUGCUCGCGGCCAGGCUCGCAUCACGGGUGUGGUAGGCUACUCCGACGCGAACUGGGGGGCCUGCAUCGACACAUCGGUGUCCACCAUGGGCUACGUCUUCUACAUCGCUGGCUCGGCCGUGUCCUGGUCGUCCAAACGCCAGUCUCGAGUUGCCGAUUCGACCACCGACGCUGAAUACCUCGCCCUCUCGCAUGCUGGCAAGGAAGGGAUUUACCUCAGUCAGCUGCUCGAAGAGCUCCAUGUACAACCUGUUGCACCGGCUCACAUCUUUACUGACAACGAAGCCGCUGCUGCAGUUGCUCACGAUCCUGUCCGCGUCUCUGGCACUCGGCACAUACGCUUGCGUGAGCACUUCGUUCGGGACAUGGUGAAUCGGGGCGACAUCUCUCUCUCGCAUGUGGGUACCAGCGACAUGGUGGCCGACAUCUUCACCAAGGCUCUCGGCCCAAAGGUCUUCUCAACGCACUGCUACGCCCUCGGCCUUCGCACUCGACACCCGCGGCUUGGGUCUGCCUCGCAUUCGCGUGGGGGGGGGUGUGAAGAGUCCACUCUCAGCUCGACAGGGGCGCCUCGGUCGUUGCGCGCACUUGCUAGCCCGCCCCCGGCGGUGGGGACUUAGACGCGCGCGACUGCCUCAGCGCGCCAGCGCCGGCGGAUUCAUGCGCGCGCCCGCUAGCCCGCCCCCUUGCGGUGGGGACUUAGGCGCGCCGGCGAUUUCACCCGCGGCUGACUUAGGGAUGUACAUUGUCACGCGCCUGGGACUAUCCCAGCGUGGCCCCCCCCUUUCUGUUUCUUAGCUUCCUUCUCAUCACUUCUGUUCGACUCUCAACCUCUCCUGACAGUAGUGGUGAACGUCUCAUAGGUACGCUGAAAUAGAUCACUUCUGUUCGACUCUCAACCUCUCCUGACAGUAGUGGUGAACGUCUCAUAGGUUAUGAGCCCAGAGCAACCAGCAGGUCAUGAGUUCAAUCCCCCUGGGGUCAGGCAAUUUUGCGCGCAUACACUCAGCGUCCCGGCCCCCGCACUUGCCCAGCGGCGUGCCAAGCACCCUGGCGCAUCGACAGUGCUCACAGUGCCCAAGCUGCACUUGCCCAAGCGACCUGAUCAACAUGCCCAGUUGCCUCACAGCCGCACCCACUGCCACAAGCUCUUCAGCUUCGCGCACAGGGGGGUGUUGAACUUCGCUCCAUCUCACUUCUAGGACAAUAUGCGCUCACUGAAGGAGAGGUGCCUCGCCUUUUGGUGCAGUGGUAUAUUGUUCCUUCAUAGGUUAUGAGCCCAGAGCAACCAGCAGGUCAUGAGUUCAAUCCCCCCUGGGGUCAGGCAAUUUUGCGCGCAUACACUCAGCGUCCCGGCCCCCGCACUUGCCCAGCGGCGUGCCAAGCACCCUGGCGCAUCGACAGUGCUCACAGUGCCCAAGCUGCACUUGCCCAAGCGACCUGAUCAACAUGCCCAGUUGCCUCACAGCCGCACCCACUGCCACAAGCUCUUCAGCUUCGCGCACAGGGGGGUGUUGAACUUCGCUCCAUCUCACUUCUAGGACAAUAUGCGCUCACUGAAGGAGAGGUGCCUCGCCUUUUGGUGCAGUGGUAUAUUGUUCCUUCAUAGAUCGGCCUCCCCUUCGACCCCAGCGGCGACACCGAACUCGCCUACGCGAAUCUCAUCGAACGGCUCGAGGCGACGCUGGAAGCGGUUCAGCAUCGCUGGCUCACGCACCACACCCGUGCCUUUUACGUCAAUCGGUACACCAUUCCCAAGAUCCUGCAUUUCCUUGCAGCCGACAUCCCGCCGCCCGAAGUCGUCAAGAAGCUCGAUGACAUGCUCGUCGAUUUCGUCCGUGGGGGCAAGGGCAGGACCAGCUACGGCAGAGACAUUGUGUUCACCGCCAAGAACAAGGGGGGACUCGGGGUGAUAAGGAUGCGGGACAUUGUGGACGCGGUUGCGGCACGGCUCUGGGACGUUCUUCUCGGCGGUUCCGGCGCGAUUUGGCAAGGACUUGCGCGCGCAGCACUCCAGCGAGCUCAGCCCGACCUCGACCUGGCCACCGAUCUCUGGCCACAUCCAUCCACUCCCAUCCCCAACGACCUUCAUCCCCGAUGGCACGCCGCACUGGGCGUUCCAAAACUUCACGACGUGCAGGUCAACCCGAGGGCCUUGACCACCGCGAACCUGCUCGCGCUGCCCACCCUGCUCGGCAGCCUCCACACCCCCAUCAGAGGGAGACAGACCAUCGACGCGGUUCAUGUACCUGACUACCUUCGUCUCCAGGGCUACCCGAAGGUGGCGGAUCUCUAUCGGCGCGAGUUGUAUGCGGGUGGGGGGUUUCACCUCUGGACGCCGCCGGCGGAUGUGCUCGGCGACAACAGCGAGUACGAUCGACGCGGGCUCCCGCAGCGACUGGCAAUCGCGGCCUGGUACCGGUUCACUGUCGAUCGACACAAGAACACCCCCUUGGCGGCGGCGGUGGCGGCGGGACGACUCAACGUGCCUCCCCGGAUCGGCACCAGCGCACCACUCGAGGCGAUCAUCCCCAAGCCCGUGGCCCGCUUCGCAAUGGAGCAGCGCCUUCCGGACCCGGUGCUUCCACAACAGGCGAGCCAGUAUACGCUGCUGAACAUGGCUCGCCCCUACACAGUCCGUCGCAUCCGCCGGGUCCUGAACGCGAAGGCAUUUACCAACAUGCUCGGGCUCAAGGGACCACCGCAGCCGGACGACCUCAGGAGCUUCUGGAAGGCAGUCAACUCGAAGGCACUGACAGCGAGGGAGAGGGAAGUUUGGUUCAAGCUGAUCCUCCGCUUCACCCCGACGCGCAAGCUCCAGCACGAGCAAAAGCAUGUCACUUCUCCCGCGUGCCUCGUGUGCGAAGCGCCGGUGGACGACACCGAUCACUACUUCUUCGGCUGCGUCGACUCGCGGAACGUCUGGACCGCGGCAAGGGGCGUGCUCUGCGACGCGCUCGGAUGCGACACGAUCGAGGACGCCGAGUACACGACACUACAAUGACUCUUUGGCCUCCCCAAGCUCAAGGCCAAGCUCAGCGAACAGGAAGGCGCAGGCAGGACGAUCGAGAUCUUCACGGGGAUGGUCUUGGAGAUGAUCAGCAGUGGGAGAUGGAGGAUGCAGAAGCACGGGACGAGGAUGGAAAGCCUGGAGCGGAGGAGGGUGGUACUGGAGGAGAGGAUGAAGUUGAGGGCGGGGGAGCAAGGGGCGGGCGAGGGCAGUAGAGGCUGGGUUCGAUUUCCCCCCACCCCAUCCCACACUCACACACCCCACAUCACACAUCCUCUUACAAAAACUGUAUACUAA